AUGCCUAAAAAUAAUUUGUCUCAGCGCUAUAAUUAUUUGCUGCACUCCCAGAAUAAUCUAUUCGACAAUGCAUUCUGUGAAAUGUUUUGGUCCCCUUUUAAACUGGACCUAAUAGAAUCUCGCACCAGAAGCGGAUGUAUUAGACCUCAGAAUGAAACCUGUUCUAUAUCAGCAGACCCCAUAGAACCAAUCACAGUGAAUUUUCACGAUGAGUGGAUAGAGCUAGAAUACAGAACUGCACAAUGCAACAUAGAUUCAGAUACAGAUUCAAAACCGGAAGAAUCCUCAACAGAAAAUGCAGAUUCCUCCUUCGAAAAACCGUACAAAUGCGAAAAAUGCAGUAAACGCUUUAAUUUUCCUAAUCAGUUACGCAAUCAUUGGAUUACCCAUAGUGACCAGCGAAAUUACAUUUGCGAUUGUGGUAAGCGUUUCAAGACUAAAACAUAUUUAGGCAUUCAUCGCCGUAAUACCGGCCAUCACGAUUGGUCUAUAAUAUGCCCUCGCUGCAGCAAGCCGUUCGCUAAAGCGGCCUACCUAGCCCGACACAGUGAAACAGCUUGUGAAAAAUAUUUGGCGAAACGCAAUCGAUCGUAA